UUGUUAUGUAAACAUUAUCCAAAAAGACUGAUUUCACUGAUUCAUUGACCUUUGACCAUUUAUAUCUCGAUUGUUCAAAAACUACAGCUGUUUUAUGUCUGUUUUUCUGCCUUUCUGUUGAGUGAUUCGAUUUAUUUAGACUGCAUAAAUUUAGGAAACUGCCCUAUUAUUUUAUUCUUUAAUUUUCCUCAAUAAUAAUCAUGUCAUUGGCCAUACGAAACCUGAUUCUGAGGAAGAGCUCGGGAUGUCUCCUGCCAUCAAGGAAAAUGUCUUUAACGGCUCUGCCGUCAACGCACGAAAUGCUUCGAAAGACCUGCAGAGAUUUCGCUGAAGGUGAAUUAAAACCAAUUGCGGCCAAAUUGGAUCGAGAACAUCUGUUCCCAAAGGAGCAGAUUGACAAAAUGGGUAAGUUGGGUUUGAUGGCCAUAGAUGUGCCCGAGGAAUUGGGUGGAUCCGGUCUGGACUACUUGGCCUACGCUGUAGCCAUGGAGGAAAUUUCCAGAGGGUGUGCCUCGGCUGGGGUCAUUAUGAGUGUCAACAACUCACUCUACCUCGGACCUGUCAACAAGUUCGGCAACAAAAAGCAAAAGGAGCAGUUUGUCACCCCGUUCACUGAUGGCAGCAGAGUUGGUUGCUUUGCUCUUAGCGAACCAGGCAACGGAAGUGAUGCGGGAGCUGCUUCGACUACCUCCAAAGAUGGUGGCGACCACUGGCUCCUGAACGGAACCAAAUCGUGGAUCACCAAUGGCUACGAGUCAGAGGCCACUGUUGUUUUUGCCACCACUGACAAGGCAAAGAAGCACAAAGGCAUCAGCGCCUUUUUAGUUCCAAAACCCAUUGAAGGACUUGCUUUGGGAAAGAAGGAAGACAAAUUGGGCAUAAGAGCGUCAUCAACUUGCAACCUGGUUUUCGAAGACUGCAAAAUCCCAAAGGAAAAUAUUCUGGGAGAGCCAGGAAUGGGAUUUAAAAUUGCUAUGAUGACCCUAGACGCUGGCAGGAUUGGAAUUGCGUCUCAAGCUUUGGGAAUCGCCCAGGCCUCUCUUGAUUGUGCAGUCGAUUAUGCGUCCAAAAGAAUUGCCUUUGGAGCACCAAUUACAAAGCUGCAGAGCAUCCAGAAUAAAUUGGCCGAGAUGGCAAUGAGACUCGAGGCAGCGAGACUUCUGACCUGGCGUGCGGCCGCCCUGAAGGACGAGGGCAAGAACUACACCAAGGCGGCCGCCAUGGGCAAACUGGCCGCCUCGGAAGCGGCCACGUACGUUUCCCACCAGUGCAUCCAGAUCCUGGGCGGCAUGGGCUACGUUUCGGACAUGCCUGCUGAGAGGCACUACAGAGAUGCCAGAAUCACUGAAAUCUAUGAGGGCACCUCCGAGAUCCAAAGACUUGUCAUAGCAGGCAAUUUGCUCAAGGAGUACGGAGUCUAAUUUUUUUAUUGCGUUCAAUAUGCUUGGUUCGGUGCUGCACUGAUUGAUUUUGAAAGGAAUUAUUAUUGGAUAAUUACGGUGUUUGGUCCUAAAAUAAAAUUUUCCAUUACAGAAA